UACCAAACCCAACCAUUGCCAUAAUUAACUUGGGUACCAGUUACGUGGUGACACCACCCACCGCCUUUCGAGUUUCCACCCACUCUUUGCUUAUUUAUUCUCUUGCACCACUUUCACUCUCAUCAUCGCAGCAACAAUGGAGGGCAAGAAAAAGACAACAAAUUGCCUUCUCUUCCUGUUCCUCUCCCUCACCCUCUCUCUCUCUCUCUCCGCCGCAUUACAACUCCAAACCCAAACCUUGCCCCUCCACUCCCUCCCCCACCCACCCGCAAUCUCAUGGCCCGAAUCCGAAUCCGAACCCGACCCAGAAGAAGAAGCUCUCUCACUUCACCUCCACCACAUAGACGCUCUCUCCUCCAACAAAACCCCGGAGCAGCUCUUCCAGCUCAGGCUCCAACGCGACGCCAAGAGAGUUGAAGGUGUAGUCGCACUCGCAGCUCUGAACCAAAGCCACGCUCGCAGAUCCGGCUCCAGUUUCAGUAGCUCCAUCAUUUCGGGCUUAGCACAAGGUAGCGGUGAGUACUUCACGCGCAUAGGCGUAGGCACACCCGCAAGGUACGUCUACAUGGUUUUAGACACCGGAAGCGACGUCGUUUGGCUCCAAUGCGCCCCUUGCCGCAAAUGCUACACCCAAGCCGACCCCGUUUUUGACCCCACCAAAUCCCGAACCUACGCCGGAAUCCCCUGCGGGGCCCCUCUCUGCCGCCGCUUGGACUCCCCCGGCUGCAACAACAAGAACAAGGUUUGCCAGUACCAGGUUUCCUACGGCGACGGCUCCUUCACAUUCGGCGAUUUCUCCACCGAAACGCUCACGUUUCGAAGAACCAGAGUCACGCGCGUCGCGCUCGGCUGCGGCCACGACAAUGAAGGACUCUUUAUCGGCGCUGCUGGGCUUUUGGGCCUGGGCCGUGGGAGGUUAUCGUUUCCGGUCCAGACCGGUCGCCGGUUCAACCAGAAAUUCUCUUACUGCCUCGUCGACCGUUCCGCUUCGGCCAAACCCUCCUCUGUCGUUUUCGGAGAUUCCGCUGUUUCCCGAACCGCGCGCUUCACUCCUCUUAUAAAAAACCCCAAGCUCGACACCUUCUACUACCUCGAGCUCCUCGGGAUCAGCGUCGGCGGCUCGCCGGUGCGCGGCCUCUCCGCCUCGCUCUUCCGCCUCGACGCAGCGGGAAACGGCGGCGUCAUCAUCGACUCGGGCACCUCCGUGACCCGGCUCACCCGACCCGCCUACAUUGCCCUCCGAGACGCCUUCCGCGUCGGGGCCUCGCAUCUGAAGCGUGCAGCGGAGUUCUCGCUCUUCGACACGUGUUUCGACCUGUCCGGGCUCACGGAGGUGAAGGUGCCCACGGUGGUGCUGCAUUUCCGAGGUGCCGACGUGUCAUUGCCGGCGACGAAUUACUUGAUUCCGGUGGAUAACAGUGGGAGCUUCUGCUUCGCGUUUGCGGGAACUAUGAGCGGUUUGUCCAUAAUUGGUAACAUCCAACAACAAGGGUUCCGGGUCUCCUUCGACCUUGCGGGUUCUCGGGUCGGGUUUGCCCCUAGAGGUUGCGUUUGAGACUUGGGAAAUGGGAACAACUCUUUCCCUGUUGUUUUCUAAUUAUGAUUAUCAAUUAUUGUUGCCAUCUUUUUUUUUUUUUUAAUGUUUAGAAACAAGGCUAGAUUAGAGAAGGAAGGGGAGAUCUCAAUCUAGAUCUGAAGGAGAAAACUAGGAUUCAACAAAACGAGAAUGUUUCUAGUUUCCACCCUUGGGUUGUGGCUUGUUGUGUUUUUAUUUUUAUUUCCCAAUUAAAUACUCCAACUACUCCAAUCCAAUCCAAUACAAGGGUUAUUCGACGAAUUUAA